UGCGAACACUGCGGCUUGUCUGCUUCCUGUUUCGGCAAGACUGCUGUGAGAAAAGAAGAGUAACAAGAGCAGAAAUGGUAAGGAGGCCCAGUCCUCAGCUUUAGAGCUCCGACCAGCCAACGCUGUGCUCCACCUGAGACCAGGCCCUGAUCCACCAAGGGCCAGAGUGCUUUGAUGAGCCACUUGAGCUGGACCUGAGACACAAAGCAGAUCCCCGCAGCUAUUCAAGGAACUGGAAGCCAAGUGCAACAGGUGCUCUCGCGGUCACGAUGAUCAGCGCAGCGCCCAGGCCCUCCCCUGGCUUGGCCCGGUGGGCUGAAAGCUAUGAGGCCAAGUGUGAGCGCCGGCAGGAGGUCCGAGAAAGCCGGCGCUGCCGCCCCAACAAGACCACCUGCCGCCAGCUGGGGAGGGCACCAAGAGCAGAGCACCGAGAGCAGCUCCAGAGAGCCCGACAAACGCAGUUCUGCAGGAGGAGGAACUUGGAGGUGGACAAGGAGAUCCGGGCCCCACAUCUGCAGGCCAGAGAGCUAAGGUCCUCCAAGGGGCCAAGCAGAGGAACAGAGCAGGCACCUGCCCUCAUCGAGUCCUCGUUUGGUGCCAACAGGAUCACCUACUCCAGACAGCAGGUAACAGGGACCAACUCUGAGGUUUGUUCCACCCUGCAUCUUUCCACAAGCAUCCAGAGGGACCUGCCUGACUGCCAUGACUCCUCACAGAUGGGAAGCCUUCCACCACGAGACGACCCCAUCCAGGAGCUCCAGAAAUACCACCAGGGUACUCAGACAAGGACAGAGAAGCUAUGGCCGACAAGCAAGAAUGAUGCCAGCCAGCAAACUGACUGUGGAGUUACAGUCCUGGAUAAGGAAAUCAUCCAGCUUUCUGAGUACCUCAAGGAGGCCCUGCACAGAGAGCUGGUCCUAAAACAGAAAAUGGUGAUUCUCCAGGACCUGCUGUCCACCCUGGUCCGGGCCUCUGACAGCUCUUGGAAGGGACAGCUCAAUGAAGACAAGCUGAAAGGCAAACUGCGGAUCUUAGAAAGCCAGCUGUACACCUGCACCCAGAAAUGCUCCCCUUGGGGAGUGAAGAAGGCACUACUAGAGAUGGAAGAGCAGAAGAACAGCUACGAGCAGAAGGCCAAGGAGUCGCUGCAGAAAGUGCUGGGGGAGAAAAUGAGCGCUGAGCAGCAGCUGCACAGCACGCAGCGCUCCCUGGCUCUGGCAGAGCAGAAGUGUGAAGCAUGGAAGAGCCAGUAUGAGGCUCUGAAGGAGGACUGGAAAACCUUAGAGACCCAGUACAGAGAGCUGGAGAGCCAACUCCACGUGCUCCAGUCCAAACUGCAGGGAGCCGACAGCAGAGACUCACAGAUGAGACAGGCCCUAAGGCUCCUGCAAAAUGAGCACCAAGAGCUUCAGGCCAAGAUAGGAUGCCUGCAAGGGGACAGACGCCAGAGCAGCCUCUAUACCCAGGAUCUACAAGAUCAACUGAAGAGGUCAGAGGAGGAGAGACUUGCCCUGGUGGGCAGAGUACAGCAGUUUCAGCGUCUGCUGCAGAAUCAGUCCGUACAGCUUCAAAAGCAGGAGGAACUCCUCAAAGAUCAGGCUUUGCUUGUGUGGAAUCCAAAACUCUCUCACAAUGAAGCGGAGCCUGGGGGUACAGGGAAGGACAAAGACCAGGAGCUCAGAGACCAGCUGCAAAAGAAGACUUCACAGCUGCAGAGCAAGGAAAAGGAGUGGCAGUGUGGCCAAUGGAUCCUGGCACUGGUACUGGUGAUGGCUACAGCCCUGGCAAUGCUCUUGGCCAACAAAGACAACCUGAUGGUCUGAAGAACACUGGACAACUGCCUGGGGCAAAAUUCAGAAGCAAGUGGCUCCAUGAAAAACAGGUUUGGGUCUUUACUGUAUGGAUUUUCCCUACAACUGAAUUAAAAUUCCUGAUUUUA